GCCUAGAGGGGCAGUCGGUGCAUGCGCUCGCUUCCGCAGCGGCUUUUAGGGACCCGCUUCUCUGGAUUCGGAAGCGAAGCGGAUGGGUUCCGGCGAGUUGUACGUGCCAGGCUGGCCUGGUGCCGGCUUCCUCGCUUCCCUUGGCGGCUCAUCAGCACCCCGCCCUGAACUCGCCUCUCUCUGACCCGGAGCUCUCCCGAGGUGGCUGCGGGGCCUUCUACAGCCCUAGUCCAGCCCUUUCCCACCGAGGCGUGAUCCUCUUGUUUGUCCUAAAGAGCUGGGCCCUACAGCCUCCCGCGCCCGGGACUGACGCUUCUGCUGUCUGGGGUCUCCUGCUUCCUUGGGUGGAGAUCCUGGUCGGGUCUCCUGUCACCAUCACCCACUGGAACACUGAGUAGCUUCCUCUUAAUCCAAAUCCAGCCACCCCUGUCUGUCCUCUCCAUAGGCACCUUUUUGGGGUUCAAUGUAACGGUCCCCAGAAGCGGGUUUUUUUUUUUUUUAAUUUAGAUUUUUAGGUUUGUUCAGCCCCAGCUCUGCAGGGACAGGAUUCACCUUGGGUCCCUCGGUCCGCUCGGCGUGAAUGCGCGCAGGAACGCUCUUGGGCAGAACAGCUUUUAAGGUUCUUGCUUUUCCAAACCCAGAAGACAGUGCCUGGAGCCAGGGGACAUCAGCCAUGCUCCAAACCACUUGGCCUCAGGAGCCAGUGGCCUUUGAGGACGUGGCUGUGUACUUCACCCAGAACCAAUGGGACAGCCUGGCCCCUGCUCAAAGGGCCCUGUACAGGGAGGUGAUGCUGGAGAAUUACGCAAACGUGGCUUCCCUGGCAUUUCCAUUCCCCAAACCUGUUCUGAUCUCCCAGCUGGAGAGAGAGGAAGCACCGUGGGGCCCAGAUCCCUGGGAAGCAGAGGUUUUGAGAGACAUCUGUCCAGGUGGUGAGUCCUGGAUCAAGACCGAAGAGCCAACUGUAAAGCAGGAAGCCCCCGAGGAGACCAAGUCUCACAGAAUGCCGAUGGGAGGGCUUCUCAGAAACGUGUCUCAGCACUUUGAUAUUAAAAGCAAGGCAGCGUGGCAGACUUUCAGUCUGAAUCCCAAUCUGAUACUUCGGGGUGGAAUGAAGUUCUACGAAUGUAAAGAAUGUGGGAAAAUCUUCAGGUAUAACUCCAAGCUCGUUCGGCACCAGAUGAGUCACACUGGGGAGAAGCCCUUCAAGUGUAAGGAGUGUGGCAAAGCAUUCAAGUCCAGCUACGACUGCAUCGUGCACGAGAAGAAUCACGCUGGAGAAGGGCCCUACGAAUGCAAGGAGUGUGGCAAAGGUUUGAGCUCCAACACAGCUUUGACUCAGCACCAGAGGAUCCACACAGGGGAGAAGCCCUACGAGUGUAAGGAGUGUGGCAAGGCCUUCCGCAGGAGCGCGGCGUAUCUGCAGCAUCAGAGGCUGCACACCGGGGAGAAGCUCUAUAAGUGCAAGGAAUGUUGGAAAGCUUUUGGUUGUAGGUCACUGUUUAUCGUCCACCAGCGGAUUCACACCGGGGAGAGACCCUACCAGUGUAAGGAGUGUGGCAAGGCGUUCACUCAGAAGAUCGCCUCCAUUCAGCACCAGAGAGUUCACACCGGGGAGAAGCCUUACGAGUGUAAGGUGUGCGGGAAGGCCUUCAAGUGGUACGGCAGUUUCGUUCAGCAUCAGAAACUGCACCCUGUGGAGAAGAGGCCCGUCAAGGCUCUCAGGCCGUCCCUGACGAGUCCCCAGUGCCCCUCUUCGGCCCCGACUCCGGUGCCUCCACAGGGCCCACGCUCUGCUCCGGCUGUGGCCGUGCCUUCACUGACCUUCCCACACGCCGUGCUCAUUCCUGCCUCUGGGCCCGUGUUCAUGCUGCUGCCCACGUCCGGAAUACCUCCUUCUCCCGUCCAGAUAGUACGAGUCUUCCAGGGUCUUGCUCCCACUGUGAAGCCUUCCCCAGUCAUCCUGACCCCUUCUUCUCACCCAUCGUGAGCUUUGUCUUGCACUUAACACGCAGCAGAUCCUCAACCGAAUUUGAGUUUGCGUCACAGUUUUUGCUCACCAUACGUGUGUUACUACUGUUUCAGCACAAACUCCAUUGUCAUCUAUAUAUAUUUUAAGACUGUGUUUAUGUAAUAUAUUCUUUUUCUUUUGGCUAGAAAAUGGAAAUCCUUGACCUUUGUAUUGGUCCCUUUCAGGCUUGAACGGUGAUGGCUGUAUCUGUGUCGUGGGGGUGCUGGUGUUGAAAGUGCGGGUAGGGCGCUGUGGUGUAUUAGGGGGUGUUGAGCGAGAGGACAUCCCUGUAACAGGCCCCUGUGAUUCAAGAGUGGCAGUCUGGGUGAAACAGAGGAGGCAUUUUAGAUCUGUCAGGGCUGGGAAUUGGAAUAACCUUCCAACAACAGACUUUAGAAAUGAACCAGUAAAAAAAAAUGUAUGCAGUGGUAACAGUCAUUUAUUUAUAUGCUAGCGAUCAUGUCCUUAAACAUGAAGUUUUCUUUUUUUAAUCUUUAGUUUUGCUCUUGAUAUUUAGAUGUUUCCUUUUAACUUUGGUUUUCUAAGUAAGUAUAUGGCAAGGCAUUCAUCUUUGUUGUCUAUGUUAUGUGAAUUUUUCUCAGUGGGCAUUCUGGUUUCCUGUUUGCAAGCACUGGCUUCUGCGUUUAAUUUUCUCCAGAUAGCAUGAAUAGGAAUUUGGCAAAUUUCUAAAGAAAUAGGAGCAAUAGAUUUUGGGGAAAUCUGAAUAAGCCUCCAAAAUUGUUUCUUAGGAAUGAAGACGGCUGUGUAGCAGAUCAGUGGUUAAGUGUACGUGGUAGGUUAGUGAAGUGGGAGUUUGGCGUGCUCUUGGCUCGUGACCAUGAUGAGGGUCUUGUACAGCUAUGCAAAGAGCCAUGUCAAGUGACUCCUGGGAAAAGAACUUGAGUUUUGCAUGCCAGGCAGACCUUACAAAUCAAAGGUUUGUGACAACACUGCGUUGUCAGAUAAUGGUUAGGAUUUUUAAGCAAUAAAAUAUUUUUACAUUAAAGUAUGUACCUUUUUUUUAAGACAAAAUGCUAUUCAGCACACUUUAUAGACUAUAGUAUGAACAUAACUUUUAUACACACUGGGAAACUAGAGAAUACGUGUGACUCACUUUUGUGCUAUGUUUCCUUUAUUGUGGUGGUCUGGAACUGAGCCUGCGAUGUCUCCUAGGUCUGCCUGUAUUAGCACUAAUAUAAAGUAAAUCCUUACAUGUUGAUAAAAGAGGCCAUACAUUUUGUUUAAAGUUGCUUUUGCUAGCUACAUAUUUCUCCAUUGCAAUUAACAGAAAAACCUUUAAAUUAAACCUUACCCGCGUGUCUGAAUAACCUGGUGUAAAAAGAGUUAUUUUCUGGCCUAAGUCCCAGAGAUUCUGGUUUUGGACAUCGGUAGUGAUGCCUGUGAUAUGCCCAGACCUGUAGUGUAGACCACACUUGGAGAGAAGUGCCUUGAGCCGAAAAUGGCGGGGGGCAUACGUUGAUAAAGAGCUUGCCUGUUUCUCAGUGAUCUUCAGGAGAGAGACCUCUGAAAGUAGUUUGGGUGGUGUCAGUUUAGAAGAAGAGAGAGAAUCAAGUGAAAUAAGGCCUCUAGGGAAAACGAGAAGGGGGCAAAGAGAUGUGAUGUGGCCUGUGAAGAGUUCUUGAGGUCUCCACUGCCAGAAGGUUCAUGGGGGUUGACGUUGGCUACCUUUUGCUGAAUUUGCUGUUUAUUUGCAUGUUGGCUGAAAGAAUGAGGAAAAACCUUUUCUUAUAUAAAGUUCAUAAACUUCAAAAUAGCCCUUGGAGAGCACAGGAUGGGUGCUGCAGAUGAUUUAGGACUGAACGACAGUAAGAACGGGGUCGUAGCAGGGUCUAAGGGGAUAUGGCAAAAGGUGGUACUCAGAGCGGUGUUUACAAUCUCGAAUGCAUUCUUUAGAAAACAAAUUUGAAGUCUUGCAACUGAGAAAAUUGGAGAUGGUAUUAUUGGUGGUGGGAAACAAACAAAAUUAACCAAAAACUAAAAAUAAGCAAACGAAAAGACCAAAACAACCCCAAAUAAACUUAGCAGAAAUAAGAUACAUGACAAUGACAAAGUUUGGUAGAGGAGGUGGUUGAGUACGUUAGCGUUCACACCCUCCUGAAACCCCACUAAGACAGUAAAGAGAUUAAAAAUGAAAAGGCAUCAGCUGACGAGCUUUCUGAGUCAGUCGUGCUGAGCCCCCGUACCCGUUUCUCAUCAGCUGGGGCGCCACAGGACACUGUAAUUCUGGCCAGUGACACACAGGGAGGGCUUGUGAGGGGUUUCAAGGAGUACAUCUUUCACCAUUAACGAAGGAGACACGUAGCAGGGGGCCUUCAGGUGUCGCCAUGUCUGGACGUGGUGUUAGAGCUCCUGCAGUCAUUUCGUGAGCCUGAGGGGAGCCAGACAAGAUGCAGGGGGUGGAGCCCAGAGGGUCCCAAAGGAGGGGACGCCUGGUCACACCACCCCUCUUCUUUUCUUUUGAAAUACCUUUGAAAGAUACAAUCAACAUAAAAUAAUAUAUAGUAAAAAAAAAAAAAAAAAACCCAGAAAAUUGUACUCUCUGCCACCUGAAUUCUUCAUCCAGAUGUUAUUGUGAACAAUUAGCAUGUAUAUUUUUCUGAUCUUUUUGCAUAUGUUUAUGUGUGUGUGUAUGUAUGUGUGAUAUUUUAAUAUAUGUAUGUAUGUGUGUGUAUACACGUACACACUCAUACAGUUUUUUUUAAACCCCCGGUGGGAUCAGACUGUAGACCUAUUCUUCUCAAACUGGAACCUGGUUAAAAUAGUCUGGAUGACUUCAUAAACAUGAUUACCUGGUACCAUCCCCAGAGAUGGCCACACUGCGGAGGAUUACAGCUCAGUCCUCCCCAGUCCCAGUGGACAACUCAUCUGCAGUCCUGCCACCUCAGACCCUCUGAAUAUGCAUGACUCUGGUCCCCAUCCCUCCCAUUUUGCUUUCCAGUCGUGGGAGAACAACUGUCUUCACUCUAGAGUCCCCUCCUCCACCAGAAAGUCACAAAGCCUGCAUUGCAUCCUCUCCCCAGUCUAGUUAAUUCCCUCAAAAAAUGUAUACUUUUAACGGCAAAUGCCUAUUUUUAGAUAUUAUUUUCAUGUUAGACUGUGAUUCUGAUUUGCACUUCCUUUUUUCAAAAGAAUCACAAACACAUUUUAACUACACCCACAGGGAGAGAAAAACCCAGAUUUUAGUAUCUGAGAUAUCUGGCUACUCUCCUGGGAGAGGAAAAAGUUAUAUUUGCUCCUUGAUGAUUGACAGCAGCAAAACCGAAAAAAAAAAAAAAAUCGCAAGCCACUUUUCUUAAUCACCCUGCUAUAUAUCACAUCCAGAGUAUUCCAGA